AUGUAAGAAAUAGAAGCAAAAAAGUAAUUAAAAGCAAGUGAAGGAGCACAUUUUUUUUAUACUUUAAUAUUCUUAUCAGCAUCAGGAAUUAUUGAGACUAAGUUUAUUGAAUAGAAAUGCAAUUAGAAUCUCUAAUUAUUUGUUCAUUUGGUGUUCUAUGGAUUAAUAAUUUGGGGAACCUACAUACUUAUUACUUUAAUUCCAAGGUAAAAUAUUUAAUGAAGAUAGAUAUAAAAAUGCUGCUAUUAAUCUUUUUUUUAAUUUUUUAGAUAUUUGUUUUGGGAUAUAUUUACUUUUACUACUAUUGUAUGGGGGAAGAAUGUAUUAUGCACCAAAUGAUUGCCAAAUGGAAGCUCCUGUCUUAUUUUUCUUCUUAGAAAUAUUUUUGUUGGUAUCUCAAGAUUAGAAAUAUAAUAGGUUAACGGUAUCAUUUAUGCAAUUUUAUUUUUGGCAUUUGUAUCAUAUUUACUUAAGAGAUUUUCAAAAUCAUAGUAAGUAUUUGAUGAAAAGAAUAAUGAAUUUUUCGAUGCUUGA